AUGUCGGAAAUACUAACGGAGAAGCAAGGGAAGUACGAGAAAACAGUAAUGGAGGCGUCGAAGAUACUGUGGACAGCUACGAAUUGGGUGAUAGAGAGGAAUCACGAGAAAGAGAAGAUGAAGAAAGAGAUGCAGAGCAAAGAGGAAGAAAUAAAGAAGCUUGGAGAUAAAGUAAGAGAAGAUGUAAAAGAGAAGGAGAUGAUGAAAGAGACUUUGAUGGGACUUGGUGAAGAGAAAAGAGAAGCAAUAAGGCAAUUAUGUGUUUGGAUCGAUCACCAUAGAAGUCGUUGUGAGUAUCUUGAAGAGAUUUUGUCGAAGACCGAGUUGGGCCGGAUAAUAUGUCAAAUAGUCGAUAUAUGA